AUGCCUUACAUUAUUUACACUCAUACGAAAAGAGCCGGCCACCAUUCCCCAGCAGCGCCAGCAGCGCCGGCAGUGCCAGCCCCCGCCGUCCAACCAGCCGUACCUCGGCCGCCACAGCCACCUCCCGUCACCCAACCCCGUCGCCGAAACAUCAGGGCCAAAAUUGACCAGGCGUUCGAGGUGCCUGCCCCCGCCCCUGCCGCCGCCGUCACCCACGCCCUCCCGGUGGAAGUCCACCCCGCCGUAGAGGCGGGCGGCGGAUUGGCCGCGCAGGUGCUGGAGGGAGAUGCGGUAUGGAUCCUACGGCUGGACAUGGAUAUGGGGGGGUUAUUCGUGGGUAGCAGCUCCAAUACCACCGCUACCUUGUGGGUGCUGUGGUCGUUAUACUUUCUUGCUUAG